AUGCCAUCCGAUGCUGUCAAGACUUCCAAUGACGGCGCUUCCCUGUCGCUGCGACUGUCGUGCGACCGGUGUCGGAUUCAAAAGUUGAAAUGCUCCGUGCCAACGGGAUCCAGCGACUGUCAGCGUUGCAUGCGGGCAAGAGUUUCAUGCGUUUUCGGACGACGAGCUCCGUCAAAACGAACAAAUAAACGUGCGGAGCAGCAAUCUGCCCGCCCGCCAAGCCCGCCAAGCCCGCCGAGCUCACCACAUUCCUCCGGAUCGAUAAGCUUGGCCUCGGCAUCCACCCGCGUAGCCCCUGUCCCAGGCACACAGCUCGAUGACAAGAGUGACUUUGAUUCGGUGCUGCCGUCCGGGUCUGAUCUCUAUCAUCUCGAGCAUAACUCAUGGGAUUUCCAAGCCCCAUGGGAGAAUGCGAGUCUAGGUCUACAGGGUGUUGGGCCUGAUGUACCGGAGUACGAUGCCGCGAUGCACGGGUUUGACUGGUUUGAUUCAGGGAUUGCUGUUGAUGACGGAAAUUUGUUUGCGCAUGGGGGCUCGGAGUUGACCCAAUGGGCGCAACUGGCAACAACUACAGCCACGGCAAGCUGGCCGGGUGAUAGCUCGAUGUCAAUGGAUCCUCCACCAAGCAAUAUUAAAAACGGCAGCACCGGACAAACGAGCCAAAGACUGACCACCCUUGUUUCAGAAAUCCAGCAGCAGCUGAGAAAGCUCGAAGAAGGACCGUGGCAUGCAGACAGCACUUGCAGCCUUGACGAUUAUCCAGUUGGCACCAUCAUCGAACUGUCCCAGCAAUUUAGCGCCAUUGCUGGCCCAAUCCUUGGUAGUAAAGUUUCUGGCGGUGAUGCGUUAGAUAUUCAUCGUCCUGGUGAGCCCGAACGAAACAUAACCAGUGCCGUAGCCGACACACCGACGAUGCUGCUUGUCAUGUGCGGAUACAUGUGGCUGGUUCGCACCUACGGGGUGGUUCUUGGUCAUUUUCACACACAUUUGAAUGUUAUGCCCACCGGAAGCCUAGGGGCAACGACCGGAAUGCAGACGCCUAUUGGGGGAAGAGGCACAAUCACCCUCGGUUCACUGACUGGAUCGGCUUUGAGACUGAGCGAUCUCCCUUGCACAGACACGGCACUUGGGCUACAGCAGAUCCACACGGCGGUGCGUUUGUUGUUUGAUGUAUUGCACGAUAUCGAAAAUCAUCUGGGCCGCGAAGCCGUAAUGGUUCGGGAUAGGGCGGUGGCUUUGCUUCUUCAGCCGGGCAAACUUCAGGAUAGCAGCUCUAGCGGACUGGGAAAGAAAGCCACAGCAGUGAGGGAGCUUUUGCGGGAGAAGAUGGGUCUUUAA